AUGGCCGUCGUAGGCUGCAAUAAUGUAGAUUUCAACCGCCUAAGGAUAACUGCGCCAGCCGAUAGCCCAAAUACAGAUGGAAUACACAUUGGACAGUCAACUAACAUCAGGGUUUGCGAUUCAACAAUCGGAACAGGUGAUGAUUGUAUCUCCUUUCUUGGUGGAACCAAAAAUGUUUCCAUCACAAAAGUUAACUGUGGGCCUGGUCAUGGCAUGAGCGUUGGAAGUUUAGGAAGAUACCAAGAUGAGGAACCUCUAACUGGAAUCACUAUCAAGGAUUGCAAUUUCACGAAUACUGACAAUGGUGUGAGAAUCAAAAGUUGGCCUGAUCGCUAUGAAAACGCAGCAAGUGAUUUGCAUUUUGAGGAUCUUACAAUGAACAAUGUCACUAAUCCUAUUAUUAUAGAUCAAAACUAUUGCCCUGGAAAAUCAUGUGCUCAGGGUCAUUCAAAAGUUAAGCUGAACAAAGUCUUCUUCAAAAAUAUAAAGGGAACCUCAGCAAAUCCGUGUGCUGUAAAGCUUGCUUGUAGCUCUGGUACAUGUGAAGGUGUGGAGCUUAGUGAGAUUGACCUUUCAUACAUUGGACAAGAUGGACAAGUUACAUCAGAGUGUAGUAAUGUUAAACCAAACGUUGUUGGUAAAAUGAACCCGCCCGCAUGUAGGGCCCCGGUUCAGAUCGGUGACAAGGGUGGAGGUAAAGGUGGAAGUAAAGAUGGUGAGAACGGCAAGGGUGGAGGUGAAAAAAAGGAGAAAAAUGAUUCUGGAAGUAAGGAACUUUGA